AUGAGUUUACUCGACCUGCAUGAUGAUGACCUGUUGGAGAUUGCUGGAAAAUUGGAUCUUCGUGGAAUUUCAAACCUCCGAAAAGUAAACCAACGACUCCGAAACCUCAUAGAGACUCGUCCACCAACCCAUGACUUUUCUAGUGUCACGAUUACAGCGGAUGAUGACUUGAAAGUGGUAUAUGAUUCUGGAACACCAGCUGGACAGGAGACAAUUUCAUACAGUAAUCUUAACCAAAAUUGUCUCGUCAACCAGAAGAGACUUGUCGGACAGGACUAUCGUGAGAUUUUUUGUCGAGACUUUGAACUGAACAUUCGCUAUCAAAAAGGUGUGCUGGAUAGGCUUUGUGUAGUUGAAGGAAACAAUUGUCUGGGUUUAAAAAGGAUCUGCGAAAUCCUACAAUCACGAGAUACAAAUCUUCCAGUGAAGUUUCUAAGGAUUUUUUGUGACUUUCAACGACAAGUCUUUCAAAUUCUAUCGGCUGUGGAGCCACUCACUCUGAAAUCAAUUCAUAUUCUUUUAUUUCGUGAUAGUACACAACAACUGGAUGAGUAUGAGCGCCUGGAACAAUGGCGUAGUGCUGAAGAAUUGGAUGGCAAUGUUAAUGUGGACAGCUCAACGCAUUUCAGACGAUUGCUUCAUUUUCGGAAAGUCACCGUUUGUGUGGAGCGACUUUUUUUGAAGGAUCUAAUUGUGUUGAGAGAUGCAUUCCUCAGAAAUCCACGCCAUCAAAAAUUCAAGUCCUACUUCCCUCAAUUUCCCGAGUUGCAAGAAUUUAUGGAUUUGCUAGGAAUGGAAAAGGAUUCAGGGGAUCUAGAAGAGGAUUCACUUUCAAAAAUGUAUUUUCGAAUUCCCAACUCGUCAGAUGUUCUAGCAAUCGGUAUUUGUCUCAAUUUGUUCAAGUUCAGAAGACUUGUUGUCGCAGAGAAGUAUGCAGGAAAGGAUGUAAUUGAGGAUAUUGGUGAAGUUGGAUUCUUUCAGAGAUAA